CCGAUGGUCCCGUCGUCCCGUCCCGCUACUGCCUGCCUCUGCCCUCUGCCUCUGCCUCGGCCGCGCCUCCCCCAGUCUCAGUGUGUCAGUGUGUGCGGCCGCGUGGUGUGCUGUAGCUGUCGGGUUCAGUCGAGCGUCGAACCGGUACGCCGCCGCGUCGCCGCGCGUGGAGUGUGCAGCUCUGCCCAUCUGCUGGACGCUGCAGAGAACCGUGUGAGUGUGUGUGUCCGGCGAUCUGCCGAGGAGGUACCCGGUACCAGUCGGGUACCGGUGGCGUCGGGUAGCGGGCAGCAGCCGCUGCAGCAGGAUUCCUCGAACCCCGGAGCAGCGCUUCGAACGCGGGUCGAGGAUGCUGCCGGCGUCCUUGUGGUGGCUGGAGGAGUCCGGCCUGGCGCACUGGGGCGGCCUGGACAUGACCGCCCUGCGCAUGGACCAGGCCUACGUGCGCGUGCACAACGUGGAGGAGGAGGACCCCCUGUGGCUCUACUCGCUGUCCGAGGACUGCCACGAGUGCCCUUACCGACGCACGGCUGACGUUUCCGGUGAGGGCCCCCACAUCCUGAAGGUGAACACUGCCAGGGGCGCUACCUGGAGGUUGUACACGAACGGCGAGAAUGACACGGUGGCGCGGGAGGACACCAGGUGGGCGUCCUGCGAGGUGCCGGCCCGCCUGGGCGAGUUCGGCGUCUACGACCUGCACGUCAACGGCACCGACUGCAUGCUGCACACGGACAGGGAGCCCGCCAACGUGCUGUUCCCCCUGGCCGGCGUGGCGGUGGUGCUGCUGGCGCUGGCGGUGCUCCACGGCGCCGUGUCCCUGGUGGCGUCGUGCUUCGGCCGCCGCCAGCGUCGCCGCCGCGAGGCCAAGAGGACGGCGUCGUCCGGCGUGGCGGCGGGCGCGCGCGCCGAGGACGACCGCCGCCUGCAGCACGACGGCUACAAGGUGCACCUGAACGGCAACGGGCGCAAGCUGCUGGACGCGGACACGCCGUCCGCGUCGCCGUCGCCGUCCUCCUCCAUCGCGACGACGCCCGCCGUGCCCACGCCCGCCCGCAGGAGGGUGCGCUCCGUGGACGUCGUCAGAGGCAUCAGCAUCGUGCUCAUGAUGUUCGUGAACCACGGCGCCGGCGGCUACUGGUUCCUGAGCCACGCCACCUGGGACGGCCUCUACGUCGGCGACCUCGUGUUCCCCUGGUUCCUCUGGAUCAUGGGCGUGUGCAUCCCCCUGUCCAUCCGCCCCCAGCUCGCCAAGGGCGCCAGCCGGUGCCGCCUGCUGCUCUCCGUCCUCAGGCGCUCCGUGGUGCUGUUCGCGCUGGGCGUGGCGGUGACGUCGCUGUCGGGCUCCAGGGUGGAGGCGCUGCGCGUCAUGGGCGUGCUGCAGCGCCUGGGCGUCUCGUACUUGGUGGCGGCGUCGCUGGCCGUGCUCAUGACCCCCCGCCGCUGGGGCGCCGCGGCCGUGGACAUGGACAAGGCGCGCGGCCGGUCGCCCGGCGUGUUCGCCGACGUCCUGGUGCUGCUGCCGCAGUGGGUCGUGGUGCUGGCGCUCGCCGCCGCCCACGUGGUGGCCUUCUUCCUGCUGGACGUGCCCGACUGCCCGCGCGGCUACAUGGGCCCCGGCGGCGUGCACAUGGACGGCGCCUUCGCCAACUGCACGGGCGGCGCCGCCGGCUACGUGGACAAGCUGGUCCUGGGCCAGGAGCACCUGUACCCCACGCCCGGCUCGCACGCCGUCUACGGGUCCGGCCCCUUCGACCCCGAGGGACUGCUCGGCUGCCUGACCAGCGUCCUGCAGGUGUUCCUCGGCGUGCAGGCCGGCAGCGCCCUCGUCACCUUCCCGUCGUGGAGGUCCAGGGUGGUGCGCUGGUUCGCCUGGGCCGUGGUGCUGGCCGUGGCGGGCAUCUGUGGCUGGUACUUCGGCGGCAUCCCCAUCAACAAGAGCCUCUGGACUGUCCCCUUCGUGCUGCUGACGUCGAGCCUGGCCCUCAUCCUGCUGUGCGUGUGCUACCUGCUGGUGGACGUCUGGCGGUGCUGGACCGGGUCCCCGUUCCUCUACCCUGGCAUGAACGCGCUCGUUAUGUACAUCGGCCACCAGCUCUGCUACCAGCUGUUCCCCUUCCACUGGCAGCUCGGCCCCAUGAACACGCACCUCAUGGUGCUGCUGGAGAACGUGUGGGGCGUGCUGCUGUGGAUCCUCGUGGCCGUCUUGAUGUACCGGCGCAAGGUGUUUGUGUCCGUGUGAAAUACCAUUUGACUUUGUUAGUGUGCGUGUGUGCGUUUGACUGCGUGUGCGAAUGAGAAUCAAGGCGGUUUGAGCGAGUGGGAGUGUGAAUGUACGUGGUGUACUGGUGAUCCUUUUUUUGCUCAUUGUUCUAAAAAAGAAAGUAGCAACUUGUGGUGUUAUGUUUUUCGUGUCAUUUUUGUCGCCGUUAGAUCAUUAUUACAUGUACGAAUUAUUUUGCUCAGGAGCAAGUUUAUGUUAAUUUUUAUCUUGCCGUGCUUUGUAUGUUGGCAACAGCGGCGGUGGAAUAUAGAUUUUUUUUUGUCGUUUUUGUGGGGCGUCUUAAGGUGCUAAGCAUCCUGUAACAGUAGUACCUACUAUUAUAGUUUGCAAAUGUAUGAUAUUGUCUAGUAUUAAGGGUUCCUUGGCAUGUAUGACGUGUGUAGGAAUUUGUAGCAUGUUGUUUUUUUCGGCUCAGUGGAGUCGUCGAGCCUGCGGAGGCAGUUUUUACAUCCCCCUGACUGAGUUUGAUAAGAUGUUAGUAAUAAUUAUGUUCUUAGUGCCAUGACAUCCUUUGAGAAUUUGAUGCCGUGAGUAGCAUUAACUUUAUUUGUUGUUGAAUAAAAAGUAGUUCUAAUGGAAA